UGUAUGUCUUGCUCCUACAGAUAUGAAUUGCACAAGCCAGUUAAAAAGAGUUCCCAGUGCUAUCUGGUACAAGCUACAGCAGAGAAAUCAGUGCAAAGGACCCAGCCACAGAGACCAAGCCACUUCUCUGCUUUCUGAAUUUUCUAAAUGUACUACGGGACUGCUUCUUCCUCAUACACGAUAGUAGAACCCACCACUCUGUGACCCGCAGUGAAGGACAGCAUUCAAGUGAAGGGUUUAUUAAUGAAAUAUGAUGGGGUAUGUACGUUUGAUCUUCCUAUCUACCUUCCUCUCGGUUUCCAUGACAUCUGAAACAUUUGAUGCAAUGGAAGGUGAGGCUUUAGUCAUAAAAUGUCCCCGACGGAAUUCAUUUGUGAAAGUCACCUGGUAUCACACAGAUACUAACAAAAUAAUUCCUGCAGAAGAGGAGGGAUCGCGAGUAUUUUCUUCAAAACUAUUUCUUUGGUUUCUGCCAACCUCUACAGAGGAUUCUGGAAACUACACUUGUGUUAUACAUUUUUCAAGUAAUCGCACAAAGUCAUUCAACAUGAGUGUGUGGGUGCAUCCAUACAAGAAAGGAGUAUGUUUCCCAAGUCAGAUUCGUUACCCAAAUGACACUGGAAGAGGAAAAAUCGUUUGUCCUACAAUUGACAAUUAUAAGAAUGCUACUCUCAUCCAGUGGUAUAAGGACUGCAAACCUCUUCAGGGAGAGAGAUACUUGCAGAAAGAGAAAUAUAUUUUUAUUAACAACCCAAGAAAGGAGGAUGAUGGUCACUAUACUUGUCGAUUCAUCUACACUCAUAAAGGAAAUGUGUUUAAUGUAUCAGCAACAAGGAUUUUCAUAAGUAAGGCAAAACACUCACCUCUACCUCCUCAAAUUUUAUUUCCAAAAGAUAAAGAUGUAAUAGAAGUGGAGCUUGGUGCUGCUUUGUCUCUGAAAUGUCAGGCCCGCCUGGGGAUUAAGAAACAGCCACUGGAUGUUGUCACAUGGGAUGUGAAUAACAUCCAGGUGAAAUACUUAGAUUUUUCAAGAUUUCAUGAAGAAAGUCAUUUUUUUGAAGGAUAUGAGCAAGAAUAUUACAGAGAGACCACUUUGCAUAUUACUGAAAUAAGAAAGGAGGAUCUGCAGGCAAAUUUCACAUGUGUGGUGGUGAAUGAAAUGCACAACACAAGGGCCACGGUGAGGUUACAACUCAAAGCACAAUAUGAGGUGGGUCUUCCUAACAUCCUCUUGAUUGUAGGAUCGCUAGUUCUGCUAGUUGCAAUAGCAAUCUCUGUUAUACUUUAUCAGUCCUUCCGAGUUGAUAUAGUCCUACUGUAUCGGGAGAUAUUUCAGCCCUAUUCACUCAAGGACGAUGGGAAGAUAUAUGACGCAUAUGUUAUCUACCCCAGAAGCCACACCAAUGAAGCUAACUUUGUGGAAUAUUUUGUUUACCAAAUCAUGCCAGAUAUUCUAGAAAAUAAAUGUGGAUAUAAACUGUGUAUUUAUGGGAGAGAUAUAUAUCCUGGAGAAGAUAUAGCAAGUGCAAUUGAGAAGAGGAUCCAUAAGAGCAGACGGCUGAUCAUCCUUCUAACGCAUCAGCUGAUUAAUUGUAAAGAACCUGCAUAUGAUCAACACAUUGCUCUAUACAAUGCCCUCAUUCAGAAUGAUACAAAAGUGAUUCUGCUGGAAAUGGAGACAAUUGGGACUUAUGAGAAGCUUCAGGAAUCUCUUAGGUUUAUUAUUAAGCGGCAAGGUACGGUCAAAUGGAAAGAGCGGCACACUGUGCACCCACAGUCCUCCAAUUCUAGGUUCUGGAAACAGGUGAGGUACCAUAUGCCACUGGCACUCAAAUCCUCAUGCUCAGCUAAUGCUGGGUGAACAGUGAGUCUAAGAAAUACUGGUAAACUGUCAGGUUAAACCAUGGGCCUGCAGUUCCUUUUCCUUUCAGUAGGUGCACGAUUUUACAGUCUGGAAGUCUGGCUGUGUUUCUGAAUUUUUUUCAGUCCUUCAGUUGAAUAACAAUGAGGUAAACUGGAGGAGGUCUGGGGAACUAAGGGAAGUUUUUAUAGGUAUGGGAGUUCUGUAAAUAAAUCAUUAUAGGCUGUAUGCAGAGCUCUGCAUGUCACAGGAAACAAAAUGUACCUAUACUCUGUCUAUAUAUACUUGUACAUAUAACUGGAAGUUUUGAUUCUGAGUAGCUGAAUGUUCUGCAGGUUUGCUUAACCUUUCUAAUGCAGUUGUUCAAACAUAAACUUCUUCUGUAUUAUUCAGCUGGAAAGCAUAAUGUGUAUUAUUCAACUAAAAUGUAUAAUGUUGUAAUUUUGUUCUUUUUUUUUCUGCCACUUAUUCCUUUAUGAUUCAAUAAUAAUACUCAUACUAUGAAAUUUUAUUCUUCCUUAGUAGGAAUACCUCAGUAAAGGCUCUUUUGAGACUGAUGUGAAUACAGCAUUAAAAAAAAAAAAAAGCUGUAUUAAGGGAAAUAAAU